AUGCAUCUCCUACCUCGAGAGCAAGACAAGCUCAUCCUCUCCAACCUCGGUAUCUUAGCCCAACGUCGACUAGCCCGUGGUCUAACCCUCAACCGAUCUGAAACUAUCGCCCUGAUCGCCUCACAACUACAUGAAUUCAUCCGAGAUGGUCAUCACUCCGUAGCUGAACUGAUGGACUUGGGGAAGAAGAUGUUAGGUAGGAGACAUGUGAUGGUAGGUGUAGCUGAGGGUAUACACGAUAUCCAAGUUGAAGGGACAUUUGAAGAUGGGAGUUUUCUGGUUACCGUACAUGAUCCGAUUUGUUCAGAUGAUGGUGAUUUGAACAACGCAUUAUACGGUUCUUUCCUCCCUAUCCCAUCCUCAUCUUCAUUCCCCUUACCAGACCCCUUACCUCCCAACAAACACUUAGCAGGUUCAGUGAUCUGUCUCAAAUCUAAAAUCCCUCUUAAUGUUAAUCGACGUCGAUUUUACUUGGAAGUAUCCAAUUUGGGAGAUAGACCUAUUCAAGUUGGUUCUCAUUAUCCAUUCUUGGAAGUAAACCCAUACCUCCAAUUCGAUAGGUUGUUAUCGUAUGGAUUUAGGUUGGAUAUUCCCGCUGGGACUGCGGUGAGGUUCGAACCUGGAGAGAAGAAGACGGUGGGUAUGGUUGAAUUGGGAGGUAAGAAGAUUCUGUAUGGUGGAAGUGGUUUAGGUGCGGGGCAGUUUGACGAAGGAAAUAGAGAGACCACAGUGAAAGAAAAAGUGGAAAAAGGUGGAUUCAGACAUAAAAAGCAGGAGGAAGUGAAGGAGGCGAAAGUGGUCGAGAUGGAUAGAGAAGUCUACGCCUCCAUGUUUGGCCCCACCACUGGCGAUAAAGUCCAACUUGCCGAUACAGAUCUAUGGAUCGAGGUGGAGAAAGAUCAUACCAUAUAUGGAGAUGAAUGUAAAUUUGGCGGAGGUAAAGUCCUUCGAGAUGGACAAGGUCAAGCAUCAAAUAGAUCAGAUGAAGAAGUAUUGGAUCUGGUCAUUACAAACGCUCUGAUCGUCGAUUGGAGCGGUAUCUAUAAGGCCGAUAUCGGUGUCAAGAAUGGUAUAAUUGUCGGUAUUGGUAAAGCUGGUAAUCCAGAUAUCAUGGAUAACGUCACCGAAGGGAUGAUCUUUGGAUCUAACACGGAAGCUAUCGCUGGAGAGAAAUUGAUAGUCACUGCUGGUGCUUUGGACGUGCACGUUCAUUAUAUCUGUACUCAACUCUGGCCCGAGGCCCUCGCAUCCGGUAUCACCACUCUUUUGGGAGGUGGUACAGGUCCAGCGGACGGUACCAAUGCCACGACAUGUACACCAUCGAAAUUCUACAUGGAAGCAAUGUUACAUGCUACCGAUACCAUUCCUCUCAAUUUCGGAUUCACAGGUAAAGGUAAUGAUGCAGGUGUGAAAGGUUUGAAAGAUGUUGUGGAGGCCGGUGCAUGUGGAUUGAAAUUGCAUGAGGAUUGGGGAUCUACACCGGAAUGUAUUGAUAGAGCUUUAAGUGUAGGGGAUGACUAUGAUGUUCAGGUCAACAUUCAUACUGAUACGCUCAACGAGAGUGGGUAUGUAGAGAGUACCUUGGCGGCUAUCAAAGGGAGAACUAUUCAUACAUAUCACACCGAGGGUGCUGGAGGUGGUCAUGCACCUGAUAUCAUCGUUGUAGUCGAACAAGAGAAUGUCUUGCCUAGUUCCACCAACCCUACUAGACCAUACGCGAUGAACACCUUGGACGAACAUCUUGACAUGUUGAUGGUAUGUCACCAUCUCGACAAAUCCAUUCCCGAAGAUAUCGCUUUUGCGGACUCCCGUAUCCGAGCAGAGACAGUAGCUGCCGAAGAUGUCUUACAAGAUAAUGGAGCGAUCUCGAUGAUCUCGAGUGAUUCUCAAGCGAUGGGUCGAAUUGGCGAAGUGAUAGCUAGGACUUGGAGGACGGCAGCUAAGAUGAAAGAUGUCAGAGGACCUCUGCAGGGUGAUAGUGAGAAGAAUGAUAAUGAGAGGGUGAAGAGGUAUAUCGCCAAAUAUACGAUUAAUCCCGCGAUAACCCACGGAAUGUCGCAUCUUAUCGGAUCCGUGGAAGUGGGUAAACUGGCCGAUCUGGUGAUUUGGAAACCUGAAAAUUUCGGUGCACGACCCGAAAUGGUCCUUAAAGGAGGAGUGAUCGCGUGGGCUCAAAUGGGAGAUGCGAAUGCUUCGAUUCCAACCGUCCAACCUGUCUUUGGAAGACCGAUGUGGGGUGCUCAACCGGAGGUGGCACCGAGAUGUUCGAUCGUUUGGGUCAGUCAAGCUUCGAUUGAUACUGGUACGAUCGAAAAAUACGGUAUCAAGAAACGUGCGGAGGGUGUCAAGAAUUGUAGAAAGAUUGGUAAGAAGGAUAUGAAAUUAAAUAACUAUAAACCAAAGAUGAGUGUCGAUCCUGAAACGUACGAAGUGCUAGCGGAUGGUGUGUUGUGCGAUGCGCCUCCUGCCACACAUCUACCCCUCACCAAGAAGCAUUUCGUGUAUUAG